CAAAAAGCCAGCGCCCCAGAACACGCUUAAGACAACGCCGAAUGAGGGGGAACGGGAAAUGCCGACCAAUUGCGCCGCGGCGGGCUGUGCUACUACCUACAACAAGCACAUUAACAUCAGCUUCCACAGUACUACCUUGGCGGUGAUUUCACUCUUCGGCGUUUGGACGUCCUCAAACGCGAAUACCUGAGGUUCCAGACAGCUAAAACCCUAGGAGUACUACAAACCCCCAACCUGCGGUCCCUACGCGAGUCGCCCAGUCUGCCGGCAGAGCCGCACUUUAAAGGCUCCCGUGAGCGAGGCAACGCCCUCUGGCGGCCGCAGCGCCUGCGCGCAGGAGGCGGAGACUCGGCUAGGCGCCGGCUGAGCUCCAGGGAGGUGGGCCUUGGCCCCGCUGGCACUGGUCUCCUGGGUUGUGCGGGUGGACGUCGGGACGUAACCGCGCCGCGUCGCGCAGAGCUCCACGCGGGGACUCGCCGGGGUUCCAGCGCCUUACCCGCUUGCUGUGCAGCCACAGGCGCGCCGGCGUCGGCGCGGGCUUGGGUCGGUGGAUGCAGCUCGUCAUCCGGGACUGCAGAUUAGCUGCUUUCGCUUUGUUUGGACCUUGCCUUCUCGUUCGCGGAGCUCAGGUGUGAGGUGACCGCUGUCCAGGCGCCAGCCCCCACGGGGUAUGCGCUCUGCUUUUCCAGUGAGGCGUUUUCCUCUCAAGGACAAGUUUGAGCUCUCCGCCCGCAACAGCUUCCGGAAAUAGUUUGGAUAUUUAUUAAUUUUUUGAUCGGUGGAAGGUGUUGGCAUUUAUAUUCUCCUGUAUACGAGUGUUUUGCUGGCAACUUAAAUGACUUCACAUUUCUCAGAAACGCCUUAUAUUUUCACCGCCAAGUGCUUAUAUCUUUAUUUUCCAUGACAGAUCUUGACGACAAUAUAUGCAAAAAAUACAUAAAGAUGAUAGUUAAUAUAGUUAUAUUGAGCCUGAUCAUUAGCAUUUCUUUAGCUUUCUGGAUUAUGUCUAUGACUGCAAGCACCUAUUAUGGUAACUUACAGCCAAUUUCUCCUUGGCGUUGGCUGUUUUCUGUUGUUGUUCCUGUUGUGAUCGUCUCUAAUGGCUUUAAGAAGAAAAGUCUAGAUCACAGUGGGGCUUUAGGAGGGCUCGUGGUUGGAUUUAUCUUAACCAUUGCAAAUUUCAGCUUUUUUACAUCUUUGCUGAUGUUUUUCCUUUCUUCUUCAAAACUUACUAAAUGGAAGGGAGAAGCAAAGAAGCGUCUAGAUUCAGAAUACAAGGAAGGCGGGCAGAGGAAUUGGGUUCAGGUGUUCUGUAAUGGAGCUGUGCCCACAGAACUGGCCCUGCUGUACAUGAUAGAAAAUGGCCCUGGGGAGAUCCCAAUAGAUUUUUCCAAGCAGUACACCGCUUCCUGGAUGUGUUUGUCUCUCUUGGCUGCACUGGCCUGCUGUGCUGGAGACACAUGGGCCUCAGAAGUUGGCACUGUGCUGAGUAAAAGCCCACCAAGACUAAUAACAACCUGGGAGAAAGUUCCAGUUGGGACCAAUGGAGGGGUUACAAUAGUGGGCCUUGCCUCCAGUCUCCUUGGUGGUGCCUCUGUGGGCGUUGCGUAUUUCCUCACACAGUUGGUUUUUGUUAAUGAUUUGGACAUUUCUGCUCCCCAGUGGCCAAUUAUUGCAUUUGGGGGUCUGGCUGGACUACUAGGAUCCAUUGUGGACUCAUAUUUAGGAGCUACAAUGCAGUUUACUGGUUUGGAUGAAAGCACCGGCAUGGUGGUCAACAGCCCAACAAAUGAAGUCAAGUACAUAGCAGGGAAACCCAUUCUUGAUAAUAAUGCAGUGAACCUGUUUUCUUCUGUUCUUAUUGCCCUCUUACUCCCGACGGCUGCUUGGGUUUUUUGGCCCAUGGAAUGAACUUUAUUUCAUUUAUAAAGGUUAUGACUGUGGGAAGUUCAGCUAAAUUUGCAAUCCCAAGUUCAUCCUAAGAAGAAUAAUUGUAAUGGCAAAGGAGAAAGGCCAGCUCUUCCCCUAUUCCAUGGUGACGGAAUGCCGCAUUUUUCCUCAUAUCAGCUCCUUUGUAAUACUAACACCUUUGUACUGAAAGACAAGUGUGCAUAGGACUUACUCAUAUUUUUCUUCUACAGAAUGAAGCUUCUGAGCAAUGAAGUUAAUAAUAUCCCUAUAUAUUGAACUGGAAGUUCCUGUGUGGUAGACAGAAAUUUUGUUUUGUUGGUUUAAAACAGUGUAGGGACUAACAACGAUGAAAUUUAAACAUGAUUCUCAGUUGUGGCAGAGAAAUGUUCACUGUGCCAUUUGCCUAAAUGUUAGAUCUGUUUUAAGUGGUUUAAACUGAUGUGUGUGGAAUCCUGAAUCGAGGUAGUCCUGGACGUCUAUUACUUGCCAUUUACAGUUGUGAAAAGUGUGGAGUUUGGUUCCUAGUCAGCUGUGAGACUUACUCCACAUUUAUUCUUCCUUCCUCAGGGUUAGCAAGAAAAAAAAAGUAAUUGUCUUUUUCAUAUGACCAUUAGAAUGCAUGAAAAAAGUUAUUUUUAAGUAAAAGUAAAAGAUACUUAUCUUGUAUCUUAAAAAUGUGCACCUUAAUAUAUAUUUCAGUUGAUCUCAGCAGAAGUUAUCUUGAAUUAAUAUUUUUAUUGUAUUUUCUAGCUUUCUUUGAAAUUUGUAUAGGAAUCUGAUUUACAUUGGCAUCGUGAACAGUUAAAAGAAUAACUGGAAAAUUAUUUUUAAUUUUUUUGUUUGUUUGCGAUCCAGAAGUAACUGAAAGAGGCUAUAAUUUCCUAGAUCAUAGACUCAAAGUGAAUUCUGUUUUGUUCUUCACUAUGAAUUCUGUGAUAAAGGAGUUUGAUAUGCCAUGGAUUAUUUUGCUAAAAGUAUUUUUAAAUAUUUCUCAUGUGAUUUCCAUACUUUUCUCCCCUUUGCUCCUUUUGCAUUGUUAAGAGAAAUUGGAGAACAAGCCCAUAAAUAAAUCACCAUAUCAGAGUGGAUAAAGCUUAGAAUUCUUUACUGUGACCCUUCUAGAGUGAUGAUCUAGAACUAACUUGGUUCAGGACAGGAAAAAAAACACAAAACAGUAAACAUCUUUAAUCCUUAUGCCAAGCAACUCAGUGGGUCUCAACCAUUGGUUGUCAACUUUUUGGGCAUCUUUAAAAAAAAGUCCUGUGUCUGGACUUCACCAUCAAUAUUCUAGUUGACCUGCUCUGGGGUACAGCCUGGGUAUUGGGAGUUUAAAGAGCUCCUGUUUCACAUUAGAAUGUAGAGGAUUUUUUAAAACACUCUUGGCAAAGCCCUUUCUAGACCAAGUAGAUAAAAAUGUCUGAAGGUGAUGCUCAUGCAUCAGUUGUUUUUAGAAAGCUCUCCAAGGAGAUUCUAAUGUUUAAACAGGUUAAGACCUACUAAAGGAAAAUGUCCGAAAGCACUGUAUCUAAAAGAAGCCUCAGAAGAGUGGGCCUUUUCAUUCUUAUGCAAACAACUCUUAGCAGUAGUGCUGUUUUAUGCUGUCUUUAUGCAUUAAUAGCUUCUGGUAAAUUAUGCUGUGUCUUAUAGCUAUAUCACUUACCACAUUAUUCCUGAGACAGUUUUUCAUGCAGCCUAUUAAUUUCUGCAGCUGUUCUAAAAUGCCUUUUCUUUUCUCCUAGAGAUUCAUUCUGAUGACGUACUAUGGGACAAAAAUAUUUAGUGGUACCCUGUUUGGGUUUGGUAGAAAUACUCUAUCUUAAAUAGUUUAGGGAAAUACCACUUCACAAUCCUUUAUUUGAAAACCUAAGACUCGUUGUGUUUGGAAUCAAAAUUCUUCAGAUUUUGGAAAAGUAGGUACAUAUAAAAUACUUAGAACUCCCAGGAGAGACUAGGGUGGCACCCAUUUUCAAGCACACUAAUAUUUCUGUGGCCAUUGUGUGAAUGACACCAAGUAUGAUAAAGACUAUAAGAGCCUAUGUCAGGCCAGGUCAGUUUUUUUAACAAACUUAGAAAGAAACUUUGUGUUUUCAGAGCUUUUUUGGAUAUGAGGCUUGUAAAUAAGGAAUUGUGGCUCUUUUUUUUUUCUUUGAUGUAUUGUACUGUAACAUUUUUUGUAAUUGGAUAUAUAAUUCAGCCUAUUCCUCUUUACUGAAUGAACAGGUUAUGCGUAAAAAAAAGACACUUCAUGGAAAAAGCUUCAUGUAACAGUAUAAUAAAACAAUAUUUACUGCUUACCUAGGCAGCCUAAAGGUUA